CCCUUCUCUACCAAUCCUUUUCUCAUCUCUAUAAAUCCUUCCUCUCUAUCUUUUUCCACUUUCACAAACCAACUCUUACCACAAACAUUUACUUCUCUGCUAUCACUAUUUCGCCGAGUUUUGUUUGCAAACAUGUUACAAAUGAGUGUUCUUGAAAGACAAAGAGCAGUGUUGGAACGUAUUUAUAAUCACUCUAAGCAGCAACUUUCUUCUCUAGUACCUCAACAAGAACUUGCUCAUUUGAUUACCGGCUGCGUUCAGGGGAAUUUUAACAUGUUUGGCGGGGGAGAUUCUAAUUUUGUUAAUUUUCAAGAAAUGGCUCGUCCCUCUUUCUCUACAAUAUCGAAUUCAUCGAUUACAACAGUGUCUCCGCCACCAGAGAAAGAAAGUAGUAUGAUAGCUCCAAGGGAAAAUGUUGUUUCUACCAAGAAGAGAAAAGCAGAGUUUUCUGAGGAAGAGGAUUGUGAGAAAAGCCCGGGGAAUGAUUCAAAGGAGAAUUCGAAGACGUCUGAGGUUCAAAAACCUGAUUACAUUCAUGUAAGGGCACGUCGUGGCCAAGCUACUGAUAGCCAUAGUUUAGCAGAAAGAGCUAGAAGGGAGAAAAUCAGUAAAAAAAUGAAAUAUUUACAAGAUUUAGUUCCAGGUUGCAACAAAGUGACUGGCAAAGCUGGAAUGCUAGAUGAAAUCAUAAAUUACGUUCAAUCGCUUCAAAAACAAGUCGAAUUUCUCUCCAUGAAGCUUGCUACUCUGAAUCCUAGGCUUGAUUUGAACACGGAUAACAUUUUCGUUAAAGAUUUCCCUUCUUACAUGACCACUACUUUUCCACCAACAGUAGCAAUUCCAACACUUUCAGAAUAUAACAUUAUCCAACACCAGCAAGCUGGAAGCACCGGUGAUGUCGCACAAAUGUUACCCCAAAGAAGAGAUUUAAUGUCAUUUCCAGACACUUAUCUUGGUUCUUCACAUGUUACGGUAGUACAACCGCAACAACCAACUUUUGAGCCUGAUCUGCAGAGCUUAUUCAGUGUCGGAUUUAACUAGUAUUCAUCUCAUUCCAAUGGCUCCUGUCCUGUACACAAAAUCCGCGUCCUUUCGAGUCCAAAUUUUUUUGAAGUUAGUAACUGUGUUAGAAGGCAAACACCCCCCUCCAACCCCAUAAAUCACCUUGAAGAGACAUUCGAAAUUCUUACAUCUUACACAUUUUAUAAGGCAUGUUGUAAUUUGUCCAUAUGUAUAGCCAUCCAGCCAUCCACUAUUUGACUGAUAUGUAAUAAAAGAUUGAAUUUUCUACUCUUUUUUUUUA